AUGGAACAAUUUGAACAACCCCUAGAGGGUAUAUUUCGUGAUGGCAUUCCAGCUCCGGUGCUCCGCGCGCUUGCGCCGCUAUACCAGGCCUUACCCUCUCUCCAAGAAAAAGUGAGCAACGCCAGGGACUGCUAUUACUGGCGUGCCAACCCCUUUCGCUGCGUUGAUGAGGACGUCGACGUGGUGACGUCCUUCAUGCAGGCCUCGGAGGCCUCCUUCCGGCUCUGCCCGCAGCAGUCCGCGACGCUGCUCAAGUGUCACAUGACGGAGCCCGCCCGCGCCGUGUUUUUCUGUCGUGACGAGGAGUGGGAGUGGCGGACGUGCCUGAUGGACCAGACCGGGCUGCGCUUCUGGCCCUACGCGAACGCCCCGAUCGGGGCGCCGUGGUCGAAUGGCGGCCAGACGGAGGAUUUCCACUUAGAGGAUCGGUUCUUUUACGAGAAUUUUUCCUGGUGGAGACGGCGGGCGUCGAUGAUGGCGGUGCGGCAACGUGAGCUAGAGGUGCAGUCCCAUCGGAAGAAAUGGCAGGAGGAGCAGAUAAAGGGGGGGCCUGACCUACAGCCCCCUCGACCCACCAUAGCACCUGUUGGCUUUAACAACCGAGUUAGUUAG